ACCUCCUGCAGCCAGGUAUUAAACUGAGCCCUGCUGACACACACACACACACACACGCACACAGAAGAACAAGAAGAAGAAACUGUGUCCACAGGAAUUUAUUUACUACAACUGUGAGGACAGGUGAAGACGCGGAGCUGAACACAGACGGUACUGGCAGCAGCAGCAGUGACAGGGGGAGGAGCUAUAAUAGGGGGAGGAGCUGUAGUGACCCAGAGGACUGAGGUGUUGGACACAGCGAUGCUGUCUCUGACCUGUGCUGACCCCUGGCCUGAGGGCUCAGUGGAGCUGGAGGAGGAGGUGGUGACUGCGGCCACUCAGGCCGAGCAGCAGCAGCAGCAGCAGCAGCAGCAGCAGCAGCGUGACAGCAGCAGCAGCAGCAGCAGCAGCAGCAGCAGCAGCUCCGUGUGUCUGGACGACAGUCUGACCAGCCUGCAGUGGCUGCAGGAGUUCUCCAUCCUCGGUGCUAGUGUGCCACACAGCGUCCACCACCAUCACCAGAGCCACUUGUUUGGCCACCAGCCGCCGGGCUCCGACGGCCCCACCUCCCCGCUGGCCGGGGACCCCGCCUCCGUGGACAUGCCCCUGACCCCCGGGAAGCCCACGGCGGCGGCCUACAGCAGACUGCAGUCCCUGCCCGGCAUCGUGGCUCACGGUCACUGUCCCGACGAGGUCGACUACGCGACCAACGCCAACAUCAAGCCGCCGUACUCGUACGCCACGCUCAUCUGCAUGAGCAUGCAGAUGAGCAAGAAGAGCAAGAUCACGCUGUCCUGCAUCUACAAGUGGAUCACUGACAACUUCUGCUACUACAGACACGCUGAUCCCACCUGGCAGAACUCCAUCCGUCACAAUCUAUCACUCAACAAGUGCUUCAUCAAAGUUCCGCGGCAGAAGGACGAGCCAGGAAAGGGUGGAUUCUGGAAGAUUGACCCGCAGUACGCCGAGCGCCUCCUGAGUGGUGCCUACAAGAAGAGGCGAAUGCCUCCGGUCCAGAUCAACCCGGCUCUGCAGAACAGACUCAGGGUCAACCUCCCACCACUGUCCAGACGCCCUGCAGGAGGUCACAUUGGCCUCUGCAUUAAUCCAGACUCCCAGCGCCUUCUACAGGAGUUUGAAGAGGCAACUGGUGCUGACCAGAACUGGGAUCCCCAUCUGGCUGAGGGGACCAUGCUGGGAUCCUGGCCAGUGGUCAGAGGACGACUCAAGAGGAAACAGUCGCUGGGCUCCAGAAGUGGUGCAAACAAAGUCCUGCGGCGCUCCAGCUCUCCACUGCUCUCUGAUGAACAGAAGGAGAUCGGACCUCUGAAGGGAGACUUUGACUGGGAUGCCCUGCUGGACUCGGCCCUCAGUGGGGAACUCAGUCUGGAGGGAGAAGAACACCUGAGUCCCAUCAUGAAAGAUGACGACUUGACGGUUCGAGGGAGACACAUCUCCCCCACUGGAGCCCCUGCAGGGACAGAGGACGCCCACGUACUGGCGGAGACCCAAAGGAGAAAUGACUUUGAUGAGGAGACCUUCCUCGCCACGGCCUUCCUGGAGAACCCCUGGCCUGAAGAAGAACAGAGCCACAACGAUUUCCUGUGUAGCUCCACUGUCAACCUGGACCAGCUGUUUGACCUUGGAGACUCAUUAGGUGGUGACCCCAGCACCCGGGUGGACUCUCUCCUUUGAGGAACAACCUCGUUCCAGGUCCUGUUUUCCUGUAAAAACCCUUCACAUAUGUACUGUGGAAUAUUUUUUUACUGUUCAAUCAGCUCUUCAUUUUUUUGAGAGCGGAUUCAUGUUGGAUCCGUACUCACGAUGCCUACUGAGCAAAGAUGCCACGAGGUCCAUCUUCAUUGUCAUCAUCUUCAUCAACAAAACUGCUUUGAAUCACAUUUUCAGGAACUGUGAAAUGACUUCAGACUGCGGCGUGAUGAGGAAGCACCAGCCAAUCAAAUCGUGCUAUGCAAACAUUCUGACACAGGGGCUAGCCAAUCAAAUCACGUUCUUUUUUUCAUGUUUAAAUUCCGUCAAAACGUCGUUCUCAGACAAUAUCGAUUCAGUCGUUUCACCCACAGACCGCGAACACAACGCUAGCAUCACUUUUUAGCAACUCUCGCUAAUUUACGACAGUCAUCUCUGGCUCGGUCUUCAGAGAGCAACUCUGCCUCGCUGCCAAUUCAUCCCUGUGGCCAACUGUGGUACUACAGCCACAUAAUCCCCGGUGAAGAAACGAUCAUAAAUGAUCCAAAUAUUCCAAUAAAAGGUUUUUGGCUCUUUUCCAUCACACACUUCUAACUCGACGAGGUUCAGCUGAGCCGAUGCUAACAUGUGAUGUCAUCAGACUGCCGGCCUCUGAUUGGUCAGAGAGUGUCGGGACUGAAGAGUCACGAGUCAAAGCAACAAUGUCCAACUGUAGAUCAAAGUUAAAAAGACAAUGAUUCACUUUCA